AUGAGGAAGAAGCAGAGAAGGAAUAGGACAACAUUCAAUUUGUUUCAGCUGGAAGAGUUAGAGAAGGCAUUCAGUAAGACGAGAUAUCCGGACGUGUUCACCAGAGAAGAACUUGCUGUCAAGAUUCAACUUAGUGAGGCCAGAGUGCAGGUUUGGUUUCAAAACAGAAGAGCCAAAUGGCGAAAAUGUGAA